AUGUAUCGCACUUGGGGAACAAGUGCGAAAGAUACAGCUAUAGGGUUGUUUCCAUUAGAACAGCCAGCGCGGGCGGCCGAGGAAGACCCUCCAGCCGACACGCCGCCCCAGCCGCCCGACGCCAACCCGCUGCGCCACGGCUGCGACGACGCGUGGGCGUGGGACGGGCGGUCGAAGAGUCCGGACGCGCGGCUGGGCGGGCCGGGCUCGCGGGUGGCCCAUUUCCACCCGAACUGGAGCAGUGGCACGGCGGGCGUGCGGGGCGACCGGGUGCUGAACAACGGGCGGUUCUUUUGGGAGCUGCAUCUCUCCAGGAGGAUAUUCGGGACUAGCAUGAUGUUCGGGAUAGGAACGAAAAAAGCCCGUCUCCACGCCGACUCCUUCACGAACCUCCUGGGCAAAGACAACCACGGCUGGGGCCUCUCCCACAAAGGCCUCCUCUGGCACGGCGGCAAAUGGACCCACUACACCAAGCCCUUCCGAGAAAACGUCCCCACAACCAUCGGCCUGCUUUUCGACGGGAUCGCGGGCACCGUGUCCUACUACAAGGACGAAAGUGGAGUGAAGGCAAUAGGACAGGACGAAAUUCAUACAGUCUACUCCACCAAAACUAUACUUUAUUGUGAGCAAACUUACGGGGACAUGUUUCGAAGCUUUGAUGAUGAUGAAGCUUUAAAGCUUCGAAACAUGUCCCCGUGCCUCGGCAUAGCGUUCAGAGGCCUCAACGAGGUCAAGGAGCCUCUGUACCCCAUCGUUUGCUCUACGGCGGCUAAGACCGAGAUGGUGUUGGACUCGAUGAAGAGAGACUUCGUCAAUCUGCAAGACAGGUGCAGGGCGGUCAUAGUCAAGCGGAUCCAGAGCAGGAAGGACUUGGAGAAGUUGUUCUUGCCGCCUAAGAUAAGGCAGUACUUGGAUGAAGCAGUCUUGGAUAGCGUUGUGCCGUUUAAGCCGGUUAACCAGAAUAAUAUGUGGGUGGUGAUUUGAAGGAAAUGAGGGUUUUUUGGGUUCCACCGUUGAUUAUGGGUCGCUUGCAAUCAAUUCGUCGUGGUUGAUGCGAGUUGAAAUGGGAGUAUGCGUUAUAAUAAUUUGAGUUAAGGCUUAUUUUACCCACACCUUCAAGUGGCUUUUGAAUAUUCAUGAAGGCAAGAAUAUGAUAGAUAAAAGGUGUGAGUGAUAAAAAUACAUACGCCACCAUUCGGGUUUGAA